AUGGCCCAUAUCCUCGAUGUCGAAGAAACCCUUGCAAAGCUGUCUUUGAACGGCAAAAUCAAACUCCUGGCUGGUAAUGGCUGGUGGCACACUCACGCUGUUCCUGAAGCAGAUGUCCCUCCGAUGAGGAUGAGCGAUGGACCUAACGGUGUUCGUGGUCUUCGCUUUUUCAACGGCGUUCCAGCUAGUUGCUUCCCAUCCUCUACUGGACUUGGUUCUUCAUUCGAUGUAGACCUUGCGCUUCAGGUGGGGAAAGCUUUGGGAGACGAAGCUCGUGCCAAAAGCUGUCAUAUUUUACUUGCACCUACUGUGAAUACUCAGCGUUCACCCCUUGGUGGCCGUGGGUUUGAGUCUUUCUCAGAGGACCCUGUUGUCAAUGGCAACAUCGCGGCAGCAUACAUAAAUGGAGUACAGUCAAAGGGUGUCGCAGCCACGAUAAAGCACUAUGUUGCCAAUGAUCAGGAAUUUCAGAGCGAGCGUGCUCUCCGAGAGAUAUACUUGAAACCAUUCCAGAUUGCUCUCAGAGACUCGGAUCCUUGGGCCUUGAUGACAGCCUAUAACCGUGUCAAUGGCAUUCAUGUCUCCGAGGAUAAGAAGUUGAUUCACGAUAUACUUCGCGAGGAGUGGGGAUAUAAAGGAAUGACCAUGAGUGACUGGAUUGGUGUUUACAGCACUUCCGAAAGUAUAAGUGCUGGGCUUGACUUGGAAAUGCCAGGUCCUACAGUCAUGCGAGGUAAAGCAGUGGAGAGAGCUCUCGCAGGUGAAAAGUUGUUCCUCUCUGACGUGGACAACCGAGUUCGAAAGAUAUUAGAGCUGAUUCAGCGGGCUCAGGCCUCUGGUGUUCCAUUUAAUGGCCCAGAAGAAGGCGUGGACACCCCUGAGCUUCGUCAGCUGCUGAGGACCGCUGCAUCAGACGCAAUUGUACUUUUGAAAAACGAGAAGAAAAUUCUCCCUCUGUCCUCUCAAUCCGGCCUGAAGCGCAUUGCAGUCAUUGGUCCCAAUGCUAAACAAGCUUUCACUUCUGGUGGCGGUUCUGCUCGUUUGUUGUCUACCUAUACAGUAUCUCCCCUGGAGGGAAUCACUGCCGCGGCCAAAGAGCUUGGUGCCGAAAUAAGCUAUACUAUCGGAGCUACUUCUCACAAGUACUUACCGGAGGCUAGCCCGUUUAUCAAAUCGAGCCAUGGGGGUAAACCCGCAUUGUUAGAAUUUUGGAAUGAAUCCCCCAACUCCACUUUCCUCAACACGACCCCGAGCUUCAGCGAACAGCUGACGCCUUGUGCCUGGAGCACGCCGACAGCAAACACGAACAUUUUCUUAGCUGAUGGUGUCGACACGUCGAAAUACUCUACAAUUUUCGUACCGGAUGAAGAUGGUGAUUGGGAAUUUGGUCUCAACAUCGCCGGCAAUGGCAAUCUUUUCUUGGACGGUAAACUUGUUAUUGAUUUAAGCACCAGCCCAGAGCAAGGCGAAAAUUUCUUUGCCAUGGGGACUGUCGAUCUAAAAGCUGUUGUAAAAGGCUUGAAAGCCGGCGAAGAACAUAAUCUGGAGAUCAGGUUGAGCAACGAAGAGUUUGUUGCGAGGGGAUGCCCACUUCCUUGCCAUGGCGGACUACGACUUGGAGCAUUCUGCAAGACUGAGUCAGAAGAGGCUCUUAAAAAAGCGGUCCAAGUAGCCAAGGACUCGGAUGUUGCGAUCGUUGUGGUUGGUUUAAAUCAUGAAUGGGAAAGUGAAGGUUACGACCGUCCAGACCUCGAACUCCCUGGACUUAUGAAUCGUCUUGUUUCUGAGGUUCUACGUGUUAACCCGAAAACAGUGGUUGUCAAUCAAUCAGGUACUCCUGUUUCGAUGCCAUGGGUUAACGAAGCCCCGACUUUAGUUCAGGCGUUCUAUGGCGGUAAUGAGCUCGGUAACGGUUUGGCGGAUGUCCUAUUUGGAAAAGUCAACCCUUCGGGCAAACUUGCCCUCACUUUCCCGAAACGGCUUGCGGAUACGCCUUCCUAUCCCUCAUACGGACCUCAUGGUCAAGAGUAUGGUAAGAUACUCUACAAUGAGGGCAUCUUUGUAGGUUACCGGAGCUAUGAAAUUCGGGACCUUGCUCCAUUAUUCGCUUUUGGUUACGGCCUUUCCUACACAACCUUCGAGUACUCCGGCGUCGAGACCAGUGCUGUGUCUGAGGAUGGACACUUCAGUGUGUCUUUCACGGUUAAGAACACGGGCAGUGUUACUGGUCGCGAGGCCGCUCAAGUCUACAUAUCGGAUCCACAAUGCUCUUUGCCUCGUCCCGUUAAAGAACUCAAGGGAUUCACUAAAGUCACCCUAAAAGCGGGAGAGGCCAAAAAAGUUCAAGUAAACCUUAACAGGGACGCUCUUAGCUUCUACGACGAACGCCAGAUGAGCUGGGUUGCGGAGGCUGGGAAGUUUGAUGUAUUUGUUGCUGCUUCCUCAGACGAUGUACGGCUGUCUGCUCAAGUAGAGCUGACAAAGUCGUUUACCUGGAAGGGUUUGUAAACAUGAGGAUGAUUGUAGUUUG